AUUUCAUAAAGUUUGGGUCAAAAGCCAGAACGAUUUUCAAGACUCCCUAAUGUACUACUAUAAACGAUAGGCUGCAUAGAGUGUAUAUAAACAUUGUACAUGUAUAUACAUUUGUCUCAUCUGACUCGUCUUUGAUUUGAACAAUGGGAAUGAAGGGCGCCAUUUUUGUGCUCGCUAUUGGUGUAGCUGUUGUAUAUUUGUCGAGAUACAACCGAGGCAAUGACGAGCCUGUCUCACUCAAUGCUACCUAUGAUUACAUAAUACUGGGGGCUGGAUCUGCAGGAUGUGUUCUUGCAAACAGACUUUCGGAAGACCCAGAAUCCUCUGUGCUCCUCAUAGAAGCUGGAGGUUCCGAAGAUGACAACUUUAACAUAAGUAUUCCUAUUGCGUCUGGAAUGCUUCAGAAAACGGAACAGGAUUGGAAAUACCAAACUAUACCUCAGAAGAAGGCUUGCUUAGCAUUGCAUGAGAAGAGGAGUGCUUGGCCUAGGGGAAGGGCCUUAGGAGGUACAAGUAAUCUGAACUACAUGCAGUACGUCCGGGGCAGUCGCCAUGACUACGAUGGGUGGGCCAAGGAGGGAUGUAGGGGGUGGAGCUACAAGGAUGUCCUCCCGUACUUCAUAAAGUCGGAGGACAUUCAAAUUCCUGAACUCCAAAACUCAGAAUAUCACGGAAAAGGUGGUUAUUUAUCGGUCAGCGAUGGGACGUCAACCCCUCUCAGUAAGAAUGCAUAUGCGCCGGCAAUGAAAGAAAUUGGUCUGCCUUUUACAGACUGUAAUGGGAAGUCACAGAUAGGGUAUUGCAAUUCCCAAGAAACAAUCAGAAAUGGAGAGCGGGCCAGCACAGUUAAAGCCUUCCUGAGGCCUGUCAUGGACCGCAAAAAUCUGCAUGUGUCAAUGAAAUCCUUUGUGACUAAGAUUCUAAUCAAGGACAAGAAGGCAGUAGGAGUAUCAUUCAUAAAAGACAACAAGAAAUAUAUCAUUAUGGCAAAAAAGGAGGUCAUAUUGUCUGCUGGAUCAGUCAAUUCACCACAGAUCCUUAUGCUGUCAGGGAUUGGUCCAAAGAAACACCUAGAGGAGAAAGGGAUUCCCGUUGUAGCUGAUUUACCUGUUGGUGAUAAUUUACAAGACCACAUCAUGACAUUUAUUGAUUUCCAUGACAACACUUCAAGUGCACUCAACAAAGACACCCACAUGGCACCCUUCAACAUUAUCAAGUACUUGCUAUUCAAGAAAGGUAUUAUGAGCAAGUCCCAGCUGGAAGGGACAGCAUUCUUGGCUGAUGGAGAUAACCUCCCUCCAUACUUUCAGUUACAUUUCUUCAGUUUGAUGUAUGAACCUGAAUUCAUCAAUUUGUAUAUUGAUCUGCUGAAUUAUGAUCGAAAGUAUACAGAUGGAAAACGAAAAGAAUUUCAAAGCACUAUAGACAGAAAUUUAAGAACGUUUAUCAUUCUACCGAUUCUUCUUCACCCAAAGAGUAAGGGUUCUAUUCGCCUACAGAGUGAUGAUCCUUUUGAUCCGCCUCUUAUAGAUCCAAAUUACUUGGAUCACCCAGAUGAUGUCAAAACUAUGCUGAGAGGAAUCAGAGAAGUAUUAAAACUAGGUGACACAAAAACUUUCAAAUCAAUUGGUGCCUCGACACAGGAUCCAUUUGAUGCUUAUACUCCUGAUUGUGAUGGUUUUCAGAAGAACUCUGGCGACUAUUGGAUUUGUAGAAUCAAACACUACACAUUUACAGUGUAUCAUCCCACAAGUACCUGCAGGAUGGGUGCUAAGGACGAUCCUACAGCUGUGGUAGACCCAGAACUGAGAGUCAAAGGGAUCCAGAACCUUCGCGUUGUGGAUGCUUCCGUCAUGCGCAAUGUGCCCUCGGGAAAUACAAACGCCCCGACGAUAAUGAUUGCAGAGAAAGCAGCAGAUUUGAUAAGGAAUAUAGAUAGUGUAAAAUAUUUAAGAGAAAGAACCGAUAAAUUGUAAUUCUGUGAUGAUGAUGAUGAUAAUGAUGAUGAUGAUUAUGAUGAAUGUAUUGGUUGAUACUUGAUAGUUGAUUAAUGAAAACAUUAUGGCAGUGUUUGAUUGACAAAAUGUUUUGAGCAGAUGGUGUGAAUGCAUAUAUUAUAAGAAUAUGUCUAAAUAUGUAUAUAAAUUUUUUAUUAUUGUUUUGAAAAUUAAUGUGUACAUGAACAUGCAUACACCAGUUCAUAUAAGUUUAAAAAAUGUGAUAUUGCUUAGUGUAUCCGUAGAGAUAAGAACAGAAAAUUGUUACUCAAAAUAAUGAUAUUUUGUAAAUCAGCUUUUAAUCAUGGAACUUUAAGUAGGUGCUAGCUACUAGUAUUACAAUAAUUAUUUUGGUUAUAUGAUAUACAUAGAUAUCAUUGAAUUAUAGUUAUAGUUCUAAUAAACAAAUACCAUACAAAUG